UCCCUGUCUGACCAAUGGGGAGCGGGCCGGGUCGGGUAGUGCGCGAGUCGGGUGACAGCGCCUGGCGCGGCCACGGCGGCCGAGAGGGGUCAGAGGUCAGAGGUCAGGGCACGGAGGCCGAGGAGGGGUCGCGGCAGCCCCAUGGCGGCGGUGCUGGGCCGGGGCUGCCGCCGGCUGGCGCUGUGCAGGCCGCUCCGGGCCUGGCCGCGGGCCCGGGGCCACCGUCGGCAGGGAGAGCCGGCCAGCCUGGAAAUCAAACCCAAGACAACCCACGUUCCCAAGAUUUACACGAAAACAGGAGACAAAGGGUAGCUAGUGAAUUAAGCCAGGAAAGUGGCCACACAUUUGUCGAAGAACUUCACAAAGUCCAGUGUAUGCUGCAGGACAUUGGUUCCAACAUUGCAACUCCUCUCUCCUCAGCCAGGGAGGCUCACUUAAAAAGAACAUCAUUUAGUGAAAAGCCAGUGCUGGAGCUGGAGCAGUGGAUUGAUAAAUACUCAGACCAACUUCCACCUCUCACUGCUUUCAUUUUGCCUUCUGGAGGUAAAAGUAGUUCUGCUCUUCAUUUCUCCAGAGCGGUCUGCCGAAGAACAGAGAGGUGCGUUGUUCCUUUAGUACAAGCAGGAGAGGCAGAUGCAAAUGUGGCCAAAUACUUGAACAGACUUAGUGAUUUUCUCUUCAUUUUGGCACGUUAUGCUGCAAUGAAGGAAGGGAAGGAAGAGAAAAUAUAUACAAAAAGUGAAACAUAAAUUGGAGAUGAGACGAUACUUUCUAGAUCAUGAAAAGCUAAAUCCAGCCAAGUUUUCAUUCUGCAGGCAAGGCGGAAAGGAGAGAAUGAGCAUGAAUUCAAAAUGUGAAUUGCCACCAAUUCCCCACAAUAAAAUCAUUCAAGAACUUGUUUAUAA